AUGCACCUGCUCGGCUUCUUCCUGCUGCUUUUGACAGCCACAGAUGGUGCCAUCUUCUACUGCAGCGUCACCGAGCCGCCGAUCGCCAAGAACAAAAAUCCCCGACCGUGCCACAUCCAUGCCGACGACUUCAACUCAUCUCCGGACCGGGAUAGCCGCGUCUUCUUCAGCGAGAUAUUCGAACUCCAGGACAAUGAAUUCCGCUACGUAUGCGACGAGCCGUCGGUGAUGUGCUUCUCGGUGACGACGCGAAACGGAAGUGACGCUGGCUGUUACGAGACGAGCACCGUCGUGCGGGACGACGAGUGCGAGUGCAAAGGAUCCGGCCCCGGCGUCGCCCCGAAGAAGCUGAUUUCUGCCGACCCCCAGCUCGCCAAGCUGUUCAUCGGCAUCGUCUCAUUGGGGAAGAAGAAAAAGCGGCCGAACGCGACAAAGUGCUCGGAGUCCAACUACAUUGGCUACGUCGACGCCGACAUGGACGUCAAGCCGCCUCCCCCGGCCACGCGUAAGCCCUCCGGAAAUCCACAAAAUCCAGGGCAACCCGACGGCAAGGAUGGUAAACCUGGCGAGACGACGGGACCGGCGGGCGACUCCGUUACUCCGGAUGAGAAGCAGGAGCCGCUGAAAUACGUGCUCAUCGGUCUGCCCCUCCUCAUCCUGCUCAUCAUCGCCUCGUGCGUGGCCAUCUACUGUUGGCUGAAGAAGCGGAAGCCGCCCGUCCAUGCCAAGACGCCCAAAACACCAAACUCGACCACCUCGAACUCGAAGAGUCCCGGUGCGCCGCCCUCGAAAACCCGC